AUGAUUCGCGGGAAGGACACAGGCGAUCUUGAAUUCAAGCUGAACAGUUCAAUCAACUAUUAUUCGGUUGUCACAAAUGGAUAUAUCAAUGAUGGCCUCUGGCAUAACUAUGCGUUCACCAAUGAUCAGGCUGUCAAUAGGAUAUACAUCGAUGGCGUUGAACAGACUGUAAUCGAUAGCUCAGAGGCUAUCACCGCCGAUCUUGUUGAUGGGCUUGUCAUCGGAGAAUUCAUCGGUGAGCUCAAAGAUCUAAGGAUAUACAAUGUUGCUUUGGAUAUCCAACCAACUGUGGUAGAAAGCAAUGCGACAAGCACCUAUCAGAACUCAUCUUAUAAGUUCCAAAAGAACUUCAAGGUAAAUGAUAGGCUGCUUCAAGGCGGCCAGAGGCUGAGCUUGAGGCUUGUUGAUGGCACAAAGGCAGAUCUUGACGAGCUGCUGCUCAAUUUCAUCGUCUAUGAUGAGGAACAAGAGACACAAGAGGAUACAAGGGAUUGGGACCCUGAGCAGAUCACUAAGAUACUUUAA